AUGGACCGUCACAAGCGGACGAGGAAACGGCAUUUGAUGGACAUGGGCGUCACCACCCUGCUCAUGUCUCUUGCCCUUCCGUCUUGCGUCUCCGCUUAUCAGCAGCCCGUAUACUAUGGGUCUCAGGACUCAUCCCCGUUCAUUCCCCCACAAGUCCCCUUAGCUGAUCCUCCUACGCUCUCUGGGACGCAUGAGUUUACCCUUCGCCACAUCGUUCAGCGAGGGGCUUAUGAAUAUCCCGAACUACACAGGAGACUAGACAUUAAACCACAUACACAACUACGGACCUUAUCGGAGGAUGGUAUAGAAGAUUUCGAGCCCGCAGCUCUCAACAUACCCUUUGUUGCAUCCUCCCAGCCUAUCACCAUCGAGCGACUAGCAGACCGGCGUCUCUCGGUCAUCGAGGAACACUUAGCGGCCGCAAGAACUACCGGGUCAGCAGUCACACUUGAAUCAUCGCAAUGGGCCAUGGACACUGUGGCCGGCCCUAAUGUUACUGAUAAAAAGACAGUCUUGACCUUUGCGAAGAUGACGGCAAAUGACUACAUCGAAGUACCAGGGACCGAGGACUGGGAGGAUGUCAAUGGUAAACUCAACUACUCUAGGAGUUUUGGUUGGCAGAACGAUGGGUUGCGGGGCCAUAUCUACGCAGAUGACACAAACAGCACCAUCGUCAUAUCGCUCAAGGGAACGUCUCCCGCCCUGUUCGACGGAGCCGGGACAACUACCAACGACAAGGUGAACGACAAUCUUUUCUUCAGUUGCUGUUGUGGCCAGGGCGGGUCCUAUCUGUGGCGAGAGGUCUGUGACUGCCAAAAAUCCGCGUUCAAUGCCAAUUUGACUUGCAUCGUUGAGGCUAUGAAUGACGAGAAUCGAUACUACCGUGCCUCACUCGACUUGUAUUCCAACGUCACCGAGCUGUACCCGGAAGCAAACGUUUGGCUGACGGGCCACUCUUUGGGAGGUGCUAUGGCUAGUUUACUUGGAUUGACAUUCGGAUUACCUGUCGUCACCUUUGAAGCUGUACCGGAAGCACUUCCCGCCGCUCGACUCGGCCUACCGAGUCCUCCCGGAAAUGACCCAGCCCUGCCGCAAGCGAGGAAGUUCACAGGGGCGUAUCAUUUUGGCCAUACGGCAGAUCCUGUUUACAUGGGAACAUGCAACGGUGUAAGUUCCGUGUGCACAUGGGGUGGUUAUGCCAUGGAGUCCGCCUGCCACACUGGCCAAAUGUGCGUGUACGAUACCGUCGCAGACAAGGGGUGGCGCGUUGCACUUGGUACGCAUCGCAUAAGAGCCGUGAUCUCAGACGUCAUCGAGGUAUAUGAUGAUGUGCCGCAUUGCGCGCCAGAAGAAGAAUGCUAUGACUGUGAGUUGUGGAAGUUUUUCCGAAGCAACGGCUCCGAGGUCACAACGACGAGCUCAACACAAACGUCUACAACCACAACCACGUCAACCAGGACGACUACUUGUAAGACUCCUGGAUGGUGGGGUUGUCUGGAUGAUAGUACAACUACCGAUUUGCCCACAACUACCACCACAACAACAUCUACCUGCAAAACUCCUGGUUGGUUCGGUUGCAAGGAUCCGACAAGUACUACGGUGACAACCACCACUGAGGCACCUACCACAACCACAACCUGCAAGGAUCCAGGAUGGUUUGGCUGUCGGGACCCCACAUCACCAACAACCUCGACCUCAGCGCCGCAAACUUCCACCUGUGAAACCCCCGGAUUCUUCUGGGGUUGUCACGACCAGACCGCGGUGAGCCACGUCAUCACACCAGCGCCAGUCCUCCCGAUCGAUCUCUGA